AUGACGCAAGAAUUUGACUUUAUAGUCGUUGGUGGCGGCACAGCGGGGUGUCUUCUCGCCUCCCGCCUCGCAAACACGGCAUUGAAGCCCACUGUUGCGUUGUUAGAAGGUGGCGGCGACAUCAGCAAACCCGAGUAUCGACGCACAGCUGAAAGAUUCAGCACCAUUGCACAGCCGGGUCUCGACUAUGGCUAUGCCUCGACGCCGCAGGAGCACGCAAAAAAUCGUGAGGUGCCGCAGGCUCGCGGCAAGGGCCUAGGAGGGUCGAGUGCUACCAAUUUUCAAGUCUGGUCGCUUGGUGCGCGCGCAGAAUUCGAUGCCUGGGCUGCGGCUGCAGGUGAUGAUGCUUGGGCAUUUGAAUCCGUCAUCGAGAGGCACAAGCGCAACCUUGACCCCAACGAUGGUGACCUGAUUGGGUUCUCAUUGAACUCAACAACCAGUCUAAACGGUGUCCGGGUUACCGGCGCAUCUGCCUUUCUCGAAAAGAACGUGACGGCAAAUUUGACCGUUCUGACCGAGAGUCGUGUGGUCAAAAUCAUCUUUGAGAAGGAUCGCGCCGUGGGUGUUCUCAAAGAGGAUGGUUCGCAGGUUCGAGCGAAGAACGAGGUCAUUCUAUCGGCUGGCGCCCUUGACAGCCCCCGUCUAUUGCUGCUCUCAGGCAUCGGCCCCCAGGCGGACCUAAAUGCCCUUGGAAUUCCCGUGGUAAAGAACCUCGAUGGAGUGGGGAAAUCCUUUACGGAUCACCCCAUGAUUGUGACUUGCUUCCAGAUGAAGUCUGGCUUCACCGAUAGGAUGGGGCUCUCCGAUCCAAGCAAGUAUCAGGAGGCCGUGAAGCAACUCGCAGAAAGUGGAAAUGGCCCGCUUUUGGGGCACUUCUCAUCGGUUCCCCAUGCUUUCCUCAAAAAUGAUCGGGCUUACGAGUCCCCUGAGUUCAAGCAACUUCCCGCUGAUGUAAAGGGCUAUCUACUUGAGAACGGUGUCCCAAGCUACGAGCUCGUGAUCGGACCUUUGAUUCCUCCUGAUCAUGUAUUUGAACAGUCUAGCGACGGGUUCUUCUCGGUAUUCGUCGCAAACAUGAACUCCGUUUCUCGAGGGACAAUCAAAUUGGCUUCCGCCGACCCCAAGGAUGCCCCUUUGAUUGACCCGAAGUAUCUCAGCAACCCGUUCGACUUGGUGAACCUGCGAGAAGCCCUGAGGGAAGGAAUGAAUCUCUUGAAGACUAGCACGAUGAAGGACCACUUCGUAAGACCGAUAUUUGCACCAAAGUCGGACAGCGACAAAGACAUUGACGACUUCAUCCAAGAGAACGUGGCGGGAUUAUGGCAUCCAUCUUGUAGUGUGAAGAUGGGCAAGAGCGAGCAAGAUGGCAGCUGUGUCAACGGAGACCUUCGAGUUCAUGGGCUGAACGGGUUGCGAGUUGCAGAUCUGAAUCCUCAGAUUGUCGCCUAUGUGAUUGGGCAACUUGCCGCAGAGAAAAUUGCGCGAGACUAUGGGUUGGAUACCAAGAGACGAGAGAAGAUCUAA